GGGACUUAAACAGAAAGUAAUCCACAUCAACAAAAUGAUACCACGGAAAUGUGCACAUUCGCCUUCGAAUAAGAAACGACACGCGCAUCCACCGUAUAACAAAAGGCUUACGACAAUUCUUUUGUUGUUGUUGUUGUUUCGGUUCGCUUGUAAUGGUAACGAAAUAGCAUUAGCGAGCUGGCUGAGAACAAGCUAGCUCUUUAUAAUAACGAUGCUCAAGAACAGGCGCUAGACGUUCUACCCAAUGGAGACAUACUGGACUGACAUAAUCAAUAUAAUACCCAUGUUAUCCAGCGAUCAUCGGCGUAUCAGGCGUGAAUCUUCAGACAAAAAAAUGCCAGGAUUUAAAACAAGUGCUCCGAUGAAAGCUAACGCUGCUAAACUUGAGCAAAGCCUUCCUGCUCCAAAACCUUUCGGGAGAUGUCAGUGUAACCCUCCGCCUGCGGUAGAUGUGCUGAGGCUAGAGUAGCCACCAUUUUGCAUGUCGAAUGUGUUCCUCCCUCCAUUGCUAAUAGUGACGAUUCCACUCACUUUCUGGCAUCACCACGGCUGAGAAUGCCAGCUCCGAUCAGAUUGCGGGAGCUGAUCCGGACUAUCCGGACAGCGCGGACCCAGGCAGAGGAGCGCGAAAUGAUCCAGAAAGAGUGUGCUGCUAUCCGUUCAUCCUUUAGAGAGGAGGACAAUACAUAUCGUUGCAGAAAUGUGGCAAAGCUCCUUUAUAUGCACAUGUUGGGCUACCCGGCGCACUUUGGGCAACUUGAGUGCCUGAAGUUGAUUGCAUCCCAGAAGUUUACUGACAAGCGAAUAGGUUAUUUGGGAGCUAUGCUGCUGUUGGACGAGAGGCAGGACGUUCAUCUAUUAAUGACAAAUUGCAUUAAGAAUGACUUGAAUCACAGCACACAGUAUGUCCAGGGUCUGGCCUUGUGCACUUUGGGCUGCAUGGGCUCCUCAGAAAUGUGCCGUGACCUGGCGGGGGAGGUUGAGAAGCUUCUGAAAACAUCCAACUCUUACUUAAGGAAAAAGGCGGCGCUGUGUGCAGUUCACGUCAUCAGAAAGGUUCCCGAACUUAUGGAAAUGUUCCUUCCAGCCACAAAAAACCUGCUGAGCGAGAAGAACCAUGGUGUUCUCCAUACAUCUGUUGUCCUCCUCACUGAGAUGUGUGAGAGAAGUCCUGACAUGCUGUCUCAUUUCAGAAAGCUGGUUCCACAAUUGGUGAGAAUCCUGAAGAACCUAAUCAUGUCUGGAUACUCACCUGAGCAUGAUGUGUCGGGCAUAAGUGAUCCUUUCCUGCAGGUGCGGAUAUUGAGACUACUGCGAAUUUUAGGCAGGAGCGACGAUGACUCCAGUGAAGCAAUGAAUGACAUUCUUGCACAGGUUGCAACAAACACUGAAACAAGUAAAAAUGUGGGCAAUGCAAUCCUGUACGAGACUGUAUUGACCAUCAUGGACAUCAAGUCAGAGAGUGGACUGAGGGUUUUGGCCAUUAAUAUAUUAGGCCGAUUCCUCCUUAAUAAUGACAAAAAUAUAAGAUAUGUGGCAUUGACAUCCCUACUAAAGACGGUACAGACAGACCACAAUGCAGUGCAGAGGCAUCGAAGUACCAUUGUGGAUUGUUUAAAAGACCUUGAUGUGUCCAUCAAGAGACGUGCAAUGGAACUGAGCUUUGCCUUGGUAAACGGUAACAACAUAAGAGGCAUGAUGAAAGAGCUGCUCUACUUCCUAGACUCGUGCGACUCGGAAUUCAAAGCCGACUGUGCAUCGGGGGUCUUUCUAGCAGCAGAAAAGUAUGCCCCUUCAAAAAGAUGGCACAUAGACACCAUAAUGAGAGUUCUGACUACAGCAGGGAGUUAUGUGCGUGACGACUCUGUGCCCAACCUUAUUCAGCUCAUCACAAACAGUGUUGAGAUGCAUGCAUACACAGUACAAAGACUUUACAAAGCCCUUCUGGAUGACAUCUCACAGCAACCUCUUGUACAAGUGGCAUCCUGGUGCAUAGGAGAGUAUGGAGACCUUCUGGUUUCUGGACAGUGUGAAGAGGAGGAGCCCAUCCAGGUGACUGAAGAUGAAGUCCUGGAUGUGCUGGAAGGGCUUCUUGUAUCCAAUCUAUCCACACCUGUGACUCGAGGCUAUUCUCUUACUGCCAUCAUGAAGCUGUCUACUCGCUUCAGUGGUGUCAACCGAAUCAAGAAGGUGGUUUCAAUAUAUGGCAGCAGCAUUGAUGUGGAACUGCAACAGAGAGCAGUGGAGUACAACGCACUUUUCAAGAAAUAUGACCACAUGAGGCCAGCUCUCCUCGAGCGAAUGCCCAUUAUGGAGAAAACAACCACUAAUGGCCCCACAGAGAUCGUGCAGACCAAUGGAGAGACAGAGCCCUCUGUUGGGGAAUCUAAGCAUCCACCCCCUGUCAGUCUGCCAGCCAACCAGGCAAAUGAUUUAUUAGACCUACUGGGUGGUAAUGAUGUGGGACCAGUCAUCCAUACCACAGUGCCGCCCAAGCCUACAUCAUCUGGAGGAGAGCUACUGGACCUGCUUGGUGACAUCUCACUAAGUGGCGGUCCAGCCCCUGCUCCUUCUGUACCCACCUCCCAACCCCCUUUUCUCCUGGAUGGCCUCUCCUCACAGCCCCUCUUUAAUGACAUUGCAGCCGCAGGUAUUCCCCCAAUGACGGCCUACAACAAGAACGGUCUGAAAAUAGACUUCGCGUUUGAGAGAGCCAACCCCAACCCCAACGUCGCCGUCAUCACCAUCCACGCUUCCAACUCCACGGAGGCAGACAUGACGGACUUUGUUUUUCAGGCUGCAGUACCAAAGACAUUCCAGCUGCAGCUCCUCUCCCCCAGCAGUAAUGUCGUCCAAGCACUCAACCAGGGAACUGUCACACAGGUCAUCAGAGUCCUCAACCCACAGAAGCAACAGCUGCGAAUGAGGAUCAAGCUGACGUACAACCACAAAGGCUCGCCUGUGCAAGACCUGGCCGAGGUCAAUAACUUCCCCCCUCAGUCGUGGCAGUGAUGAGUUGCUUAUUUUGCUCGUAAAGGCCCCUCGAACGGGGGACUAUGAAAAUUAUUUUUCUUUCACCUUGCCCCCCCCCCUCUUCUUCCAAUGGACUCCCCCUCAGUGACAUCACUAAAUGCGCAGCAGAGCGUCUCUAACGAAGGAAAAACCAGUACAGAUGAAGAGCUGUUUGAUAAGUGGGGUUACCCAUCAGUGAACUUUCUCUUUUCUUUAUUUACUGGUGUCAUCAUGUCUUUUGUUAGUCAUGCAAGUUUCUUUUCCAACCCCCCCCCCCCCGCCCCACUCUAACAUGAACACUGUAGUAAAUAUAACAUGAACACACUUUGAUAAAACGAAUACUUAUGAUUGCUCUGAAGUCCUAAUAAUGCAAUCCUCCUAUAAUUCACUUUGGUGACCUUCCUCAUUAUGUUCAUUUGAUUCGAUAAGCAUCACAGUCAUACAUGGGCUAAAAUUCAGCAUCCUUGUGAUCAUCUCAAGCAGAAUUUGCAUCUAAUUCAGGCCUGAAAUCCAUCUCAGUUGUUGUUGCAUUUCGUAGCUGUUGGGCGGAAUCCUCGCGUCUCCAAAAUCAGAUUUUCCGGAAAUAAAUAAAAAGCGCUUGAGUUUCCAAAUAACGAGCAAGUUGGUAUUAAACUUUAUAUUCCUACCAUAUACUGUGUGCAUUGACGCAUCACCUUAAAAUUAUGUUCAACAGCUAAUUUAAUUUGCUAAAAAAAAAAUAAUACUAAUUUAUUAUGCUCUCACUGUUUAAAAUGGUACAGACACGUCACCACCAGCUAGCUAUACACAUCAAAAGUCAAACCCCCCCAGAACAAGACAAUUUGAGCUGAUUUAAACAGGGUAAUUGACGGAAAUUAUCUGUCUGCAAACAUAUCUCGGUAUUGUUUUAAAAAAAAUAAAAUAAAAAAAAAUCUUGACUUUUAAUCCUGGAGGCAACAUAAUACUGCACAGCUCCCGCGGAGUGAGGAAAAGACACUUCUCAGACAAGUUCAAGUAUCCACGAAAAUUAAUACAUUUGUUCUUAAGAUAUUUUCAACACUUUGCAUUGAUUAAUAAUGCAUAAUAAUAGCAGAGGAUGUGCGGACAGACCAGAAGUACAAAAAUAUGACAUUGACCAUAUUUGGACGCACGAGGUUUCCGCCCGACAGCGAAAUUAUACAAACUUCUACCUGCAUCUUUCCUUACAACGUAGAUUAUCUGGGCCAUGUGAAAAACAUAUUGCUCUUCAAGUAUACUACUAAAUUCUGAGAUUAAGGUCAUCAUCUGGAUGUGUAAAUCAGAUUUUCUCAUUUGUUCCCCCCCCCACCCCGUGUGGCUCUAAUGCAGUAAACUGUAAGCUCGUCAAUGAGUCACGUUUGUUUACUCUGUUGAGCUUCUCACCUCGCACAAACUUCUGUAAAUGAAGCCUGUUAUGAAUGUAGUUACAUGCACUGAAUGCUGUUCUCCCCCAUCUCCUUAUUUGUACUCCAUUGAUGAGACGGUCAUCACAUUGGCACUAUUUCUGUGAAAAUGUUUGAUUUCUGCAGUAAAUCGACUUGAUUAUUUAUGCCUGAUAUCUAAGUGACGUGCCUUUCUGACUUAAGAGAAAAGAUUGCUACGAGCUGUUGUUCGCCUGCUCGAGUGCUUAAAAGUGAGGGAAGUGAUUGUGGCGGAUUUAAAAUGGUAUAUCAUCUUUCAAUUUAUUUAAAGCGUGUGUAUUUUUCACUGUGGUGUGAGUUGUUAGGACUUUGCCGGAUCUUCACAAUCAUACAAAUUCUCGCGACAUGAUCCUGAUUGUCCCCACAAAUGGUAAUAAUGUUGCUGAGGUUUUUUUAUUUUUUUAUUUUAUUUUUUUUUGCCUACAAGGCCCCAACUGAAGCAAAUCUUGGGGAAAGAAAAGGCAGCUAAUAGAUGUCACCUUUUUCAUAGGAUGACAUCAUGCGUUGUCGCAAAAUCUCAUAAAUAUCCACUUUCCGUCCCUGUCGUCAGAUGUGGAUUUAUCGAUUAAUGAGUGAGGUCGUGGAACUUUUCAGUCGUGUGUUUGAUCUUCUCUGGCGGGGGGGUGGGGGGCUACCGUUGAUACCUCACAAUGUUCUCUCUUUCUACUAACUCGCUUGAGUGGCUGGCCUGCUUUUAUUCCCCCGAUCGCAACCGAGGGGAGCACAGCUGCAUGGAAGAAGCUGACAGCAGCUUUAAGUUAACGAUGAAGCAACCUUAGCGGCCCCACGAUGCUUUGAUAUUCAAUCACUUUGCUUCACUAUCUUAACUCCUGUGACCAAAAUCAGAGUGACUAUUACCUUUGGAAAUAUUUUUCAGCUAUGAUGUGUAUAUGAAGGGGGGGGGGAAAAAAUAAAUCACUUUUUUUUUUGUUUUUUUUUUUUCUGUUGACAAAUGCUGUAUUAGCUGUUUUCUGUACAUAUUGAGGGGCUUUUACAAAUUUUUUUCUCUUGUACUAUCUUUCAUCCUUUUUUUAGAUACCAUUUUCUAAACGAGUUCUUCACUAUGUAUAUUGUCUAAAUAGUCAACCGUAGUCGGCAUCAGGCUUCCCUGUAUCACCACUCAUCCAUUGUAAAAGAUAUACUUUGAUCUGCAACUUGUACAUUGUAUAUAAUUGUAAAACAAAGGCUGAUCCACUUAAAUAAAAACCCACAUGAAGACUUAAAACGAUUAGCUAAGACAUCUAAUUGUAUGCAUAUAUGUACAAAAUAUUCUUAAACUGAUGCGUUUGAUUUACUAGGAUUCAUACUUUUCUCAUGGGUGUGGAUAUGUCGUCUUUUUACGAAGAUCGCUGCGGAGGCUUGUCGUCAGGGAUUUGGUUUUUAGCGUGUGAAUGCUGAAUUGUACUACUGAGAAACCGCAACGCUGCACGAGUAAGCUCCCACAAUGCGCCCCCCAUUUUGGCUCCUGUCUUGCCUUCCUUUUGCCCUUAUGUCUCUCCCAUUAUUUAAAAAAUGUCCUUCCUCGUAAGCUGAAACUUUUUGUUUAAUGCAAUACUUUCCUGACACCUUUACUGUAAAAGUAACCCAAAAUAUAGCCCAAGUUCAUAUUAGGCCCUACGCCGCUAAAAAUGAUUAAGUUCGUCCUCUUGUCCCUUUUGAUCCAUGUCAAAAUCUACGGAAAGCCAUUUCAACAUUUAUCCGUUAUCUGUUUUAAAGUCAAUUUACUAGUAUGCCCUUUGCCCUCACCAAUAAGAAAAAAAAUGUGCUACUAGUUGUACUAAGGGCAUUAUAAAAUUCAAGUAGUUAAUAUCUAGCACUUUUGCUCAUAAUACUAGCAGCAACAUAGGUCUACUAGUAUGCCAAAGUUAUCUUACUGUUGGACAGACGUCAUUAAGUAGUAGGAAAAUUUUAACCCACUAGUGAGGACAAAAACCAUACUAGUGCAUGGACCUUAAUGGGUAUAAAAGAUAUGGAAUAAAUACUCAAGCUGCUUUCCAUGAAUCUCGACUGAAUGAGCUCAGUUGUGCGUGUUAAAGAGCACUUUACAUGCCGAUAGCCACAAGGUGGAGCUGUGCAAAAAACAAAAACAAAAAAACAAACCUAAAAAACUUGGAGGAGCGCAGUUCAGUUAGUCCACUUUAUUUUUAUUUGUUUUUCCCCUCUUGUCUUUCUAUUUUCCUCCCCGACCAGUGCAUAGCCUUUGUCUUGUUCUUUUUUUUUUUUUUUUUUUUUUUUUUUAUAUAAAUAAAAGUGAUGAUAAUCCAUGCAAGGUCACGUGUACAAAUGGUGACAUGAACCCAACAAAAUUGUUUCAGACACUCGAAGGAAGAAAAGUAUCGCCGCUGACUUUGAAACUGUGCGUGACAGUGUGAUGGUGUGUCCAAUGUCUUUAUUUACAUGAUUUUUGGCUGCAAAUUUUCAGCUUGUAAGCUGCAUGUGAAAGACGGUGUAAAUAAUGCCAUUUCUACUCAACCCACAAGUUUUUGCUGUUUUGUUUUGUUUUUGGGGGGAGCGGGGGUAAUACAACGAACUUAUGAAUCUGUUUCAACCAUGUCAUGAGGGUCCUCGUGUGUACAAUAGGACCUUGUUCAGAAAGCUAUCACAAUCAGGAUUAAAGAUGGUGAUGAAUGAA